AUGAAGUCUGCCGCUGUUAUUCUAGUGGGAUCGUUGUCCACCAUUGUUGCUGGACAUGGCUACAUGGUCACUCCGGAUAGUCGAACAAAGCUCGGAUUUGAUGCUGGAACCGACACAUGUCCCGAGUGCACCAUCCUCGAGCCCGUUCAGUCUUGGCCCGAUCUCGAUGCCGCCCCUGUUGGCCGUAGCGGACCCUGCGGAUACAAUGCCCGUGUGAGCGUCGACUACAACCAACCCGGCAAGGACUGGGGCAAGGAGGUGGUCAAGACAUACAAAGCUGGUGAUGUCAUUGACGUCGUGUGGUGUGUUGACCACAACGGUGAUCACGGUGGUAUGUUCACCUACCGUAUCUGCCAGGAUCAGGCUAUCGUCGACAAAUUCCUGGACCCAGAUUACCUUCCAACCGAGAAGGAGAAACAGGCUGCCGAGGCCUGCUUCGAUGAAGGUCUUCUUCCAUGCACCGGUGUGGAUGGACAGGCCUGUGACUACAGUCCCGACUGUAAAGAGGGCGAGGCUUGCCACCGCAAUGACUGGUUUACGUGCAACGGCUUUGAAGAUACCAAGUGCAAAGGCGUCGACAAUGCUGCACUAAACUCCUGCAAGACAACAAUCGCCGGUGGUUACACUGUCUCGAAGAAGGUCAAGCUUCCCGACUACGUCUCCAACCACACUUUACUCUCCUGGAAAUGGAACUCUUUCCAGACGGGUCAGAUCUAUCUCUCUUGCUCAGACAUUGCUAUCCAGUGA